AUGUCUUUCGGACGACCACCGUCGAUAUCGACCGGCUUUCAAGUCACACCACCAGACCGCGGGUCCUUUCCUCUGGACCACUAUGGAGAAUGCAGAGACUUCAUGACGGCGUACAUGAAUUGCCUCCGGAAUAAUAACAAUAGCUCUACACCUUGUCGACACCUGAACAAAGCAUAUCUAGAGUGCAGAAUGAACAAAGGUCUCAUGGAGAAGGAUGACUGGAAAAAUCUUGGGCUGAGUAACGUGGACAAAGAACCGAAACCAACCAAGGACCCAGCUGGGGACAAGAAUCUGAGCUGA